UUGCCUGCUAUCCAUACAAAUCGAGAAAAUCGUCGCGCUACAUGCCCAGAAAUCUACCUCUAUCCCGCUUCUACUGCCCCACCACGUCAGGUGUUACUGCGGUUAUACGGUAGCCGAAAUUCCGGGAAAAAGACGCUUGCUCAUCAAAUUUACCAUAUCGCUUCAACGACUACUCCCGAUCAGACCCAUGUCAUAUCAAAUGCAACGGAAGAGGCCGGAUCAAAGAGCAUUACCUUUCUUUUGAACGGUGAAGAAGUGAAGCUGGAAAUCGUAAUGGAGUCAGCGCUCGAGUCCAUGCCAUUCACCGACCAUAUCACUAUGUUCGUUGUUGUCUAUUCAGUGGACAGCCGUGAAUCAUUUAAGAAAGCUACCCGUCUUCUGUACAGACAGUGGUUCAUACAGGUCACCAUGAGAAUUACCAUUUUUUCAGAAGGUAAAUCUCUCGCAAAAAUCUACAAAUGUAGUUUUGUCGAAGUGUCAGCCCUCCUCUCGAUGAACAUCAACACAAUGUGGGCAGAGCUGAUCAAGCAACUUCACUACAAACCGGCGGACCGAUCAUGGAUGCAACGACUUCUCCUUCGAGGACGACACUUAGCUAAAUCCUGCGAGGAAAUCGUGCAAAGGAUAAUGUCCUAA